GGCCGGUGUUUCUGUAGAAGUAUGAAUGGAUGUUUCGCUGUGCUGAGUUUUCUGUCUAGUGCGUCGCGCAACUGUCAAGCCGUGAGUUGCCAAUAGCAACAGCGUUUACGCGUUUAUUUUCAACAUUAAUAUCUUGUUAAUGCCAUAGACAUCUAAAACCGUUUUUGUCACGAAAUGUAAAUUAUUACAAGUACUAAAGUACUUUUUUUGUUUUGCUGUUGAAGACAAAAAUGGGUUUGGGACCGAAUCGGGUGCGUUUGCUGUGUAUGCUGUCUUUAACGCUUGUGUUUUUCAUUGUUGAAGUUGUGGUAAGCAGGAUAACUGCAUCUCUCGCAAUGUUGUCAGACUCUUUUCACAUGCUGUCGGAUGUAAUAGCUUUGAUAGUGGCUUUAAUCGCGGUGAGUUUUGCGGAGACAACUGGUGCCACAAGUAUAAACACGUAUGGAUGGAUCCGCGCAGAAGUGAUGGGAGCGUUAGUGAACGCCGUGUUUUUGACGGCCCUCUGCUUCACUAUUGUAUUAGAAGCCGUUGAGCGCUACACGCUGCCUCACGAGAUCGAGAAUCCGCGCGUGGUCAUUUGGGUCGGCGUUGCUGGUCUCCUGGUGAAUGUACUCGGUCUUUUCCUGUUCCACGGACACGCAGGGUUUGGUGGGCACGGACACUCUCAUGGGGGUCACUCUCACACUGGACACUCUCAUCUUCACAAGACAAAUCGCAGAGAGUAUGAAAAACCAAAGCCGGCACACGAAGAAGCAUACAAUCUCAUGAUAAACAGCAACAGUUCUCAAAGAGACCAAACUUCUGAACUAAAAUCAGACAGCCUAAACAUCAUAAUCACUGCUAAGGGCUCGUUGGAGGACUUGGAUCACAGUCCUGAGUCGGCCUCCCAGAUGAACAUGCGUGGGGUGUUCCUGCACGUGCUCGGAGACGCGUUGGGGUCCGUCAUUGUGGUAGUCAACGCCUUGAUCUUCAAUUUUGUGUGGACACCAUGCCACAGCGACACAGUCUGUUUCAACCCCUGCCGUAGCAGCCACUUGACUGAACACCAACAUGUUAAUACCACAGUCCUGAGCAUAUCCAAAACACCCGACAGGAUGCCCAGAACUGUCUCUGUGGCCGGACCAUGCUGGGUGCUUUACCUGGACCCAACGUUAUGUCUAAUAAUGGUGUGUAUUUUGCUCUACACAACUUUCCCUCUCCUAAAGGAGUCGGCUCUGAUUCUCCUACAAACAGUCCCCAAACAGAUCGAUAUGCACAAGCUGAAUGGGAAGCUAAGGAGUUUGGAUGGAGUUAAGGCCGUUCAUGACUUGCAUAUCUGGCAGCUGGCUGGGUCUCGCAUUAUUGCAACCGCUCACAUCAAGUGCACGGAUCCAGCUUCUUACAUGGACAUUGCCAAACGCAUUAAAGACAUCUUCCACGAUGAAGGUAUCCAUGCUACUACUGUUCAGCCAGAAUUUUCUCCCAUUUCUGAAGGAUCUGGUGACUCCCAGUGUGAGCUUUCCUGUCGAAGUCAAUGCAAACCCAAGCUAUGUUGUAAUCCGACUAAAAGAGCUAAGCCAGAGUCGGAGUUGACUAAGAGUAAAGAAAAGUCCUGCAGGCACACUGAAGUGGAGGAUACUGUACAUACGGAGAUGGAAUCAACGGUUUAGCUAAAGAAGGACAUUAUAUUGCAUGAGUUGCACAUGUCUAUUUGCUCACAGCUGAUUGUUGCAGGAAAAAGUAGGGCAAUUGUCUGGACUAUUUCAAAUCUGCUUAUUGCAGAAGUAUGUCUUUUA